CUUCUCCGCAGAACCCUCACACCACACCCGCUAGUCAGUCACCCCGCACAAAACAGAGAGGUAAGUUCCAAUCCACAAAGCCAAAGAAGGGAAAAAUGGGUUCUUCACUCUCAUUUUCAGUUCAAUCUGUAUUGAUUUCCACUGGUGUUUUGUUCUUAGCUUUGCUUCUCAAAGCCUCUGUUCCAUUAGUGUUUGAUUUCUCUGUUUAUCAAGCUCCUCUUAUAUGGAGCUCACUCGCUUCAUGGCUUAAACCUCCUUAUCUUUAUGUUAUUCUCAACUGCAUCAUCAUCACUAUUGCUGCCUCUUCUCGAUUCCACCAUACCCAUGGUGCCGACAAUGAACAGCAGGAGCAAAUACCUGCUGUUCGGAAAAUCUCCGCUCGUGACCCGGAUCAGUUCCACUACGAUAUGAAGAUUUCGGCUCCGGAGUCGACGGUGGUGGUGGCGGAGGAUGUAUGUGAGCAAAGAGAGGAGAAGGCUAGUGCAAUUCUUGUUUUUGAGGAUAAGAGUACUGUGUUGGUGAACGGUUCUGUGGAGGUUGAGGAUAAAGAGGAUGAGGAUGACUUUGUAAUCUCAAGGUCCACGUGGAUUCCUCCGAAGAGGAUGGAUUCGUCGGAGAAUCUGAUGGAGCUUCUUCUACCGGCUGAGAAACCUCUGGUUUCUGCUCGCUUUGUUCACCGGAAAACGGUUAGAGCUAGUCCUGAAGGCGGAAGAGCGUUGAGAGGAGUUACAAAGCCGAAACGGCACGAGACGCUGGAGAACACGUGGAAAAUGAUAACGGAAGGCCGAGCAAUGCCGUUAACAAGACACUUGAAGAGAUGUGAGACGUUAGAGAAUGACGGCCGUCAAAUCAACGUUUGUGAAGUGGACCCUUUUCUUCCAAAGAAAUCAGAGACGUUCAAGGACAGGACCAAUUACCAGCUGCCACCUGUGGGAAACUCUCCUGCACCAGGGAAGCUGAGAAAAGAGCCGUCGCUGAGUCAGGACGAGUUGAACCGCCGAGUGGAGGCGUUCAUUAAGAAGUUCAACGAGGAGAUGAGGAUGCAGAGGCAAGAGUCGCUGAACCAAUACAUGGAAAUGAUUAAUCGUGGAAGCCAGUAAUUAUAAUUACUUUAUAAUAUAAUAUAGUAUAGUUUUAAAACAACAAAAGGAAAAAAAAAAAAGAGAGAGAGAUUUUGAUGGGUUUUCUUUCACAGGAACAGGAAAUGCUUUGUUUCUUUUAAUAUUUUUGUUUUCUGGGUAUGAUGAUGAGUUAGAAUUUGAAGGGAAAAAGUGUCUGUAAAGAAAAGUUCUUCUAUAUUCAUGUUAAAUGAAAGACCAAUAUUAUAUAUAA